AUGGCCCCCAACAACGCCUACCACGGAGCCGGCCAGUCUAGCGUCGGCCAUGCCGCAUUUUACGAAGCCGGCGACCAGCGCAACGAGCCCCAGUCCGUCAUCAACGAGCGCGAGCGCUACAAGGAGGGCAAAUCCAGUACUUCGUACGAUCGUAGUAAUGAGGCGGAACUAAGCAAGAGUGAUCCCACGAAGCCGGCUCAAUUGCACGGAAACAAGCCUUCCAGAGGCGCUGAGAUCGAUCGCGAGCUGCAGAUGGAGGAUGAGCAGCGACUGCGCGAGAAAGGUGUCAUGAAAUAG